UGCCCAGUUAAAUUUGUACAGGACGCUGAUUCCCCGACCGGAAUAUGUUCACCACCGAAUCCUGCCCUUGAGUUUAACACCCGUUGCACCUUUAAAUGUUAUCUUGGGUACCGUUUGAGAGGUUCCCGUGAACGACGUUGUCAAGCCGACAAAACAUGGUCUGGGACUCCACCAACUUGUGAACGAACUGAUAAAUUGGCUAACAGGCGGAUAAUAUCUUCAAAAUCACUAGAAUGUCUGAUAAGUCCCGUAUUAAGAGAAAUUUAUGUCUAUGUAUUACUGGUUUUGCUAUUUUUACGUUUCCUCAACACAGAUACUCGUCCACCAGUUUUUAAUUGUCCGCCCAAUCUAAAAGUAAACACUCUGAAAGGAAAGUCAACAGGGAAAGUCGCGUGGAGUGUUCAGGUUUCUGAUAAUUCAGGUGAUGUGGAUCCAAAUGCAGUGAUUAAGAUUGAGUCAAAUCACAAAUCAGGGCAGGAACUUCCUAUUGGGGUCACCGCAAUUCGCGUGACUGCUAUUGAUCAGGCCGGGAACGAGGCCAUGUGCACUUUCGCGGCUGAAGUCAUAGAUCUAGAACCACCGACUUCUAGUUUCUGCCCUAGCGACAUUGUGAAAGAGGCCAAAAGUCAUAGAGAAAGGGUGAGUUGGAACCUACCAGUAUGUUCAGACAAUUCUCAUUUGCCUCCAAUCAUUUGGUCUAACCGAAAGCUUGGAGACCUCUUUAGAGCUCCAGGAAAAUAUAAGAUCCAACAUACAGUCAAGGAUUUCGACUUCGAACAACCAAACAUCUAUACUGGAUGCUCUUUUAUGAUAACCUUGAAAAGGACAAAAUGCCCUAUGUAUCUUCCCCCAAAGAAUGGCGCUCUUGUUUGUUUGAAUUAUGGUGACGGUUCUGAGAGAUUCUGUCAAGUUGCUUGCAAACAAGGAACCGAUUUCGUGACCAACCCUUCCGUUUUGUACGUAUGUCUCGAUAAUGGAGAGUGGCUUCCUUUGGCUUAUCUUCCCAACACGAGUGGAAAACUACCGUGGCCAGAUUGUGCGAGUAGUCGUUUCGUUGUUUGUGUUUCGGGGGGAGCUGGCCCUUCGACGAUGAAGACAUUUGGCGGUGGAAUAUCCGAGUUUUUUUAUAAUGCAAAUCAAAAGCCUUCUGAAGUGGAAAGGGAGCUGAAAGACAACUUAUUAAAGUUGGCUCGAGGCAGUUUAGUUUCCCCUUUUUAUUGUGAGAAUAAGAGUUAUUGUAAGUCGGAAAAUGUUCGCGUAUACGUGUAA